AUGGAGGAACCAGAGUUUCCAUUUGUCAAUGUCGAUGAAGGUCGUGUCGUAUUGGAACCAGUUAUCGUAUCUGAUUUGUUAUUCCACGACGACUGCACCCUCGGAACUUUCUUUCGUGCUGCUGCCGUACCCCAAUUGUUUGAUUCGCUUGACGAAGACAUAGGUACACCAUUAGUCUGUGGUGUUUGUUGCGAUACCGUUGAGUUGGAUGAAGUGGACGAGUUUGAAGAUAAUGAAGUUAUCGACGAGGAUGAGUUGGCGCGCUGGGCGCUUUUCCGUGGCAUGAACAUUCUGCUCACUUCGUCGCCAUUCAUAGCAUUCAUUCCUCCUUGGUUAACACUAGAUCCCCAUGCCGACCUGUUGAUCUGCGGGAAACUGGAAGAGAUAUUGUAUCGCACUGGAUUUGUCAUAAUCGUCAGUACUGUAGGACAAUUGCUGGUGAUAGAGAAAGAAACCUUUUUGAAUUUGAUGUUGCCAAGCUGGAAAGUUUGGACAUUUGGGUUGAGACACGCGAGGUAUAUGUUUAGCCAACCAGCGUUCGAGAUCGGGGAUAAGAGCACUGGCGCACGCGCUCUCUUGCAGAUAAAAAGUCUCGAUGUGAGAAGAAGAGAAAGGAAAAGGUUUGGAUGUCGUAAGAAGGAAGCAGAUAUUCCAAGGCUUAUCGCAAAGAACGUAGAUUCAUUUCUAUGUGAGCCAUUCACUCGAAACGAUUGA